AUGUGGACGAGCCCACGUGAUCGGUUCCUGCAGGCGGAGAUCGACUCUGUGGAUGGCCUCCUCAAUGGCUUGCUGUGUCCUAACUGCAGUUGGCGCUGGAGUCCAGCCGUGGCAGAUACAGCCAUCUUGUACAGGUCCUCCGACGGGCCAGCUCUCUCCCGAGGCAGGAGACAUCAGGGCAGUGCUGACAUUGAAGAGUUGCCGCCCUCCAUUGCGCUCUGCAGCACUUGGCUGAAGAAGAUAGAUGUGGAGAUGAAGGGCCUUUGGCUGCUGUUGCCUCUAGCGGAUGCCGCAAUGCGGCGGGCCCUGGUGGUCGUGGACAUGACUGUAGAGCAGGUUGCGAACAUCUCUUACAGAAAGAAGGAGGUCAUUAGCACCAUCAGAAACCUAGCGCAGAAUGGGCAGUUCGAUGCAUUGAUCGAUUCGCACCUUUGGUUCGAGAAAGGUGGCCCACCCUCCUCCCUGGCAGAAAUGUACCCGGACAUCGGCCGGGCAGGGACUCUUGGUGCCGAGCUGAUCCCUGAGUUGCAGGGCCUAGGACUCGAGUUUGUGAAAAAGUAUCAGUAUUCUUGCUUUGGUGGCGGUGCCGACCUGGAACGCUACCUUCGCGAACGCAAGAUCGACGAGGUGGUCAUCACCGGCAUAAACACGGACUACUGUGUUUUGGCGACGGCUCUUGACUCGUUCUAUGCCUUGUAUCAGACGAGGGUAGUGGAAUCUGGCGUAUCCUCAUUCAAUGGACGAGCAGGACAUCUGGAAGGAGUGCGGAGUAUCCACAGAUUUCUGGGAGAUAUUGUGGUGGGCGCGGAGGAAUUCUUGCCUGGCAAGGAAGCGGUGACCAUCCAAGAGUGA